CAUGGCGAUUGUGAUCCCUUUAUAUGUCUCGUCCACCGUUUCUCUCUCCCUUGAGUUCAACCUCACCUCCCAGGGACAUCUCACCCAUUCACCUUUCUCCUCCACUCUCAUAGCUUUAUUAGCUUUCCUCUCACUCUAAUUCUCUACCCCCAAUCAAUCUCAAAAUUUCCAAUUCUUAUUUUUAAGAAUUGAACAUUCUUCAAAUGGCAUCGUCACCUUCAUCAUCAUCGUCGUCGUCGUCGUCUAUGGUCUCAAAUCCAGUUCCGAACACGGACCGGUCACGUGACGCGAAACGGAGGAAGAAGAAAGCGCAGCUGAGGCAGCAACUACGGCAAGAGGACCAGAGCAAUCCCAAGUGGAAAUCCCAAGCGCAGCAACAAAUCUACUCCUCCAAGCUGCGCCAAGCCUUAGCCAGAGUUAACCUCGGGUCGUCGGCGCCGCCGCGCCGAGGCAAAGCCGUGCGCGACGCCGCCGACAGAGUCCUAGCCGUGACGGCCAAGGGGAGGACGCGCUGGAGCCGAGCCAUCCUCACCAACCGGCUCAAGCUCAAGUUCACAAAACACAAGCGACAGAGAGUUACAAUUACAACACCCCCAACCCGGUCAAAGAAACCCCGGGUCAGCGUUUACCGGCUGAAGGGGAAGGGUUCGCCGGGUGUGCAGAGAAAAGUGAGGUUUCUCGGACGCUUGGUUCCCGGUUGCCGAAAAGAACCGUUACCGGUUAUUUUGGAAGAAGCCAUUGAUUACAUACCCGCGCUUGAGAUGCAGGUUCGAGCCAUGAGCGCUCUCUUUAACCUUCUCUCCGGCGGCGGCGCCGCCUCCACUUCCGCGCCACCUAGCUCGUCAUAGAACACACUUUUGGCUUUAGGCGUUUAUGUAUGUAUACAAUGUAUGCCAUGCCAUAUCAUGUCAUGUGUCUGUCCAUUUUUUUAAUUGUUAUAUUACUAUUGUUUGCCUCGUUUUCUUUCACCCUUGCAACCAAAGAAGCUUUCUUUCUUUCCCUUUAA